UUCUUGUGUUGUCCUUCCCAGGUGCCUUUAGCUGCCCCAGUGCCAGUCCCCACCAUUGAGACCCCACCACAGGACAAUGGGAUGUCUCCUGUAUCUCUCCCCAGCAAUGAAUUGUCUCUGAAGAUGGAGUCUGCUCGAAAAGCAUGGGAAAAGUCUCCAGGGGUUACAGAAAAAGAUGUUGCUGCAAGUGUGACUAAUGCAGAUGUGCCUGAGAUGGCUGAUGACUACCAUUCUUUUGUUAACUCAAUACCUGUGGCCUCCGUGGCACCAUCUGCCCCACUCUCAGCACCAAGUGGCCAGAUUCCACCUUGCUACAUGGAAAGCCAUUGCUAUGGUAGCCAACCUCGUGGGAUGCCUCCUUCUAUCUCCCAGCAUCAGGCAUUCCAGUCUGGACUUCCACGGGCAAUGCCGACCCAACAGAUAACACUUCACACUCCUCUUCAGGGUCAGGCGCAGGUUUCUACCCUUAGCAUCCGACAAGGGACGCCAGUCUCCCAAACACAGGAUAUGUUCAGUUCCCUCCAGUCUUUCAGGUCCCAACAGUUGUAUCUCCAGCCUGGACUCUCCCCUCCCUCUGCAGCCAUGGUACAAGGGUCUACACUGAUAUCUGGGGCCCCAGUAAAAGGCCAGUAUGUUGGCUUUUCAGCAGUGCAGGCUGCAGAGGUGGCCAAGGCUCAGCCAGGAUUGCCCUACCAGCACACAGCUUGUACUCCUCCAAUGUCUGUCAUCUACAACACCCAGCUGGGCAACUCACAGCUCAUUGACUCUCAGAUAAUACAGAUGAGACAAAGCAUGGCCCAGCCAUCGGACUUCUAUUCCUCUCCACUGCAGCAGCCCAAUCAGAGCAACUACUUUGCUGCCACCCCAAUGUCCAGUGGCCCCCUCCACCAGAUGUUGGUCCCAAUGUUGGGCUCCCAGUUAUCUGUCCCUGGCUUUGGGUCUGUGCAGCAGCCUUUGGUCCAACUUCCACAGUCUCUGCAUCAUUCACAGGCACAAACCGUCCCUCCAGGGCCCCCCCGAAGAGUCGUUCAUUCAAGUUUUCAUGCUGCUGCACCCACUCUUGGAAGGGAGGUUAACCCCAUGGAUCCGAAGACAUUUCACUUGGAUAGGAAAAUGAAUCCGUCUCCAGGAGCACUUGGCUAUUCUGUCCCAUCACCUGCAAUAUUCAGGCCUGGAUCAACAAGUCCAAGAGGAAAAUCUCCUGGACCAGCCCAGUGUGGAGUAAAUUCCUUGCCAUGUUUCAGAGGGAACGUGUCUCAGCAGGCAAAGCAGCGAGCAGAGGUGCUGCAAAGCACACAAAGGUUCUUUGAGCGGGUGACACCACGCGGCAACAGCAGUGACACUGGCUCACAUCCUGCUGAGGAGCACCAGGAAGGAGAGAGCACCCUGCCACACAAGGACGAGAAAUCCACAAGCAAGCCCAAGCCAGUGCGAACAGGGCCCAUCAAACCCCAGAGCAUUAAGUCACAGGAAGAGAAACUGUAACCAGUGGCCGGAGACUGCAGCCUCUCAAAACUGAAGAAAUCUACGUCUCUUAAGGGGCUUCAUUUGUCUGUCUCAAAAGGAAAAUGGCUUUUUUUUUUUCUUAAAGACAAAACAUUACUGAUUUCAGUGGACUACACGAGUUGUUUUGCAAAAACGUAAGAGAGCCAACUCCAGCAGCAAUAACUGGAUUGAGUGUGAAGCUGAACUGGCAGGAAAGAGUUGGGGGAAGGAAGAGGCUAAUAAGUCCUUUAUAAGAAAAGAGGUCUAGAUUUCUCUACCAUAAUGAAGCAUUCAUCUUAUUGGUAACUAGUAAGUCCUUGUAGAUCCACUUAAUAAAUGCCAAUCCCUUAUAAGGCAGCUGCUUUCUUUGUUGAGGGACAGAGCAUAUAAUGACUAGAAUUGGUUUGAACACAAGGUGUUUAGAGUAAAAUGGCCAUGUGAUAAGUUGAACAUUUCAAAAUGACUACAGACAGAUCUGAUUGGGCUUCUGUCUUGUCGAUGUUAUAAAAAGAACGGUUAUGAAUGUUUUUAAAUAGUGGUAGAUGGGUACAAAUUACUAUUUCUGUUACUGUUUUUACUUUGUGGCUGUUAAGACACAAGUUUGGUGGUGCUGAACAACAUAAUACACUCCAGAUCAACAAAAUGUUCUCUAAAUUUUUUUUCUUUCCCUUUAUAUACUGUCCUUCCACCCACAGGCCCAGUCGCCAAUUUUACAAAGCCCUGAAAGUGGCUUUUUAAAUGUUUGUUGAGCUUUUCCUUUCCCUCUUGGUUGCUGUAUGCAGCCAGUAUUGCCAAAGCACAGACAUUGUCACAGAGUUGAACAUUAACUAGUUGCAGUUUUCCCCCUGUACACGGUGCUGCUCUUAAAGCGCUGCAGUGGUAGGGAUGGGCAGGCGGUGAGGUGAAAUUGUGAUGCUGUUCCUGUUUAAAUUAGAAGUGGUUAUUGCUGCAGUGGAAUGAAGCAAGUUUAGAUUAAUAAUAAAAUGUGAGCUGAGGAAAAACUAAUAAAUACAUUGGUUGUCCAAUGAUAUUGUCUGUUGUGCCGUAAUUGAGAUCAUCCUCCUUUGUAGGCUGUGGUGUUAGCUUUGCAGCUGCGAGUGAAGGGAGUACAGCGUUCAUUUCCCUGCCCCAUCCUCCACUUCCCACAUUCUGAUGCGUAAGUACCAGGAGAAUGUGAAUUAGUUGCAGGUUCUGUGAACUGAGAGUGGGUGACAAUUUUCUGCUCUACUGUCAGUGUGGAGGAGCAUCCUCUUGCCAAACAUGGUCUCAUUCAAAGUCACAUCAGUCUUUAUCUCUGGUACACCGUUGCUCAACCCAGCACUGGAAGCUACUGCUGGCAUCUACACUGACCUGCACAAGUUGCCGAUGUCUAGAUUUGGUGUGAGGGCAAUUUAAUAGAUCACUCCCUCUAGUUGACUGUGUGCAAGACACCCAGGUCCUGUCCAGAAUCUGACAAUGUCUGACAAUCUGUCAAUUUCUGCCUACAGUUUUCCUUGCUGCUUUGUGAGGGUGAGGAAGGAAGGGUAGAGUCUUCUGAUAUAUGGAAGAGAUUCUUGACAGAAGUAACUGAAAUAUUUUCUUUGGAAUAGUUCAGAGGGAAGACUAACAGCAUUUGUGCAGAACAAAACUCUCAGGAGAAAAUAUGUUGCUUUAGAGAGCCCAUGCCUGACCCAGUGACCACUGCAAGGAAAAGUAAUGCAUUGUCUUGAAAAUUCAACCCUUCCCAGUGUCACAGGUUUCCUACUAAAAAGUACUUCUCAAAGUUAGCCUAGUUAAUUGAGGAAGUCCAUAGCAGUGACUCUGUUUUGAUAGAGCGAGCGAUUGGCAGAAUCUAUCUGCCAAACACUUUUUUUAAUAUCCAGGGAUAGGAUUGAGAGUUGCACCUUCCUAUCAGAGGGAACAGCUGAUGGGUGGGUGGGAAUUGGUUGGAUAUGAUAUCUGUGGAUGGGAAAGCCCUAAUCUUCCAUGGUUACUUAUGCCCUUGUAAGUUCUCAAUUCAGUAUAGUGGCAACUCCGGAGGCUUAGGCGGGAAGGGGGAGCGUUCAGUAAGUGAAUGUUACACAGUAACAAGAAACAAAGGAAGCCAAUAAUCUGAAAGGUAGGAGUAAGUCAUUACUCUAAGACUUCAUCUCUGCUUUAACAAUGCAGUUUGAAACUGUGACACAACUGUUUGACAUUUCAAUGUAAAUAAUGCAGGGUUUUAACUGACUCUCAAACUGCAUACUAUGUUGCUGUGCAAUAUUGCUUGUUUUGUGCCCUGAGUGCACAGUUUGUUUUUUUUUCUCCCAUUUACAAAUGUCCAAUUGAACAAUAUCCUGACAGAAAUGAGAGGCUGACUUGCUAUCUUUAGGAAUAGAGAAUGAGCGUUCAAGACACAAGUUUUUUUAAAUUCUUGUGUCACUGUGGAGAAGAAUUCCUAAGUUAUUUUUAGAUCACCACCUUCUGAAUGAGCCACUAUUCGAAACGCCUGGAGGUUUCCACUUCCCAAUAUCUCUACCAAUGGCAAACUUGAUACUGGAGGACUGCUGGCAAGAGGAAGCUUAGGUGUGCUUCCUUUAUCAAUGCUAUGUUUCUUCGCCUGUUGUUCCCAUGUGAACACUUUUUCAGGCCAUUGGCAAAGCCAGCACAUAGAAUAUUCAUAACCAAACAGCAUGUGGCCUGUUGUUGUUAGGACCAGAGAUAGACAUUAAAUGCCAGGAUAUCCUUUGUUAUACUAGUUCAAAUUACAGAGCAGUUCAUUGCAUUUCCCUCUUGGUUGUCAUUAUGCUAUAUUUGUACAACAGCAAACCAAUAUCUGACUUUCUUUCAGUUUGGUCUUCCAAGUUAAGAGUACAGAACUCAUAGGUUGCAAAAACAGCAUAUGCUCCUUGCCUAAUGCUUUUCUUAAUAAAGAAAACAUUGCAAUCCUCA